UAUAUAUAUACAUAUAUAUAAAAAUAUAACGAUAGCAAAUUAGUUGUUGAAAUAUUUAAAAUGGCUGUUGUUAACAAGUGGGAGAAUGUAUGUAGAUUGUGUUCAGAGGAGAAAAUCGAGAUGUUGCCAAUAUUUGGCAUUGAAGGUGUACAACGUAAAGUGGUGCAAAAAUUAAGAGCUUGUUUGCCAGUUUUAGUGUAUAAAACCGACCCACUGCCUAAACAAAUUUGUCAGUUUUGUGCAGCACGUCUUGAUGAUAUUUAUGAAUUUAGAGAAUAUUGUCUUAACGUUUAUAAGGAUAUGUAUGUUAAACUGUUAAAUUAUAAGGACGUUGAAUCUGUACAGAUAUUUUUUGAAGCUAUGAAAAAUUCUCCUGAUCCUUGUCAGGCACAACUCUGCAGAGAAAAAGUUAGAGCUCCGCCACCAUUAGUGCCAUUACCGUCAUUACUAUCUUUUGAAAGUUCUUCUAUGUUAACCGAAGUUAAUCGAGAACAAUUAUCUAAUAAUUGUAUCGAAACAUUAUCUGAACUACCAUGUGAAGUAGAAAUUGAAGAAGUUAAUUCAGAAACAUUUAUUGGAGAUGAUACAUGCGGAAGCACAGACUCGAGGACAUUAUCCGAUAAUGAAUUCUAUCAAAUGACAGACAAACAACUUGAUUUUAAUGUUUUUGAACAUAUAGAAAAUGAUAAUAGUUCUUCUAAGGAAGAAUUUGUAACUAAGAAAGAGGAGAAACGAACUAGUAUUUUAGAACAAGUUUUAACUGGAAGUUUAACUAUGAAUGAUCGUAUGGAAUUAAAAGGCAGGGAACAUUUAACGUCAGAGUGGUGGUGUGCACCUUGUAAUAGUUAUUACAAAACAAAAGAAUGCCUGAGAAAACAUCUUCAAUCCCAUGGUCCACGUAAAUAUAAGUGUAGAAAGUGUCGUAUGUCUUUUGAAUCAGUUGAAAAUUUGGCCAAACAUGAAGGUGCUACUCAUUGGAGAGUUACAUUGGAUUUCAAUGAAAAAGCGAAUGGGUGUCAUCGAUGUGAUCGCAAAUUUGUUAGUUGGGAAAUGUUAAAGCAACAUAGAAUGCGUGAUCAUUUUGGUGAAAUUAUUCGAAUAGGAACGAAUACAUGGUGCUCAUCUUGUAACAGAUCUUUCCCCACUGAAGAAGCAUAUCAAAAUCAUCAACAAUUGCAUGAAAAUAUUAAUUAUUCGAUGGCACAAAUGAAACAACUUUCUAUGAAACUUUCUAUAAAAAAAAAAUUUUCUAUAUUUGGUCAUGGAGAUCAUUUACAAGAGAUUAAAAAGGAACAUUCGCCUGAAAAUACUAAAUCGCUUACUUGCCCUACUUGCGGAAAAGUAUGUACGCAACAAAGUGCAUUAUCCAAUCACAUGCGUAUUCACGAACCUAAAAGAUAUAAAUGUGACAUUUGUGGUCGAUCAUUUGGAUUAUUUAUACGUUUAACUGCACAUAUAAAGAAUGAACAUGAUCAACAAACUUCUAUGUCUCCACUUACGGCAUCCGUUGAACAAGAAGAAGCUUUAAAUGCUGCACGAGAAGCGCGAGAAACGCGAGAAUCUAGAGAAGCUAGAGAAGCUUGUACUCGUGCAGGAAAAACUAGAACAUAUUCAGAGGCAUUUAAUCGAAAUAAUAUAUUAAAUAGCGUUGAAUCUUUAGCAAAACAAAAUACUUCAUUACAAACUAGCAAUGAAAAUAUGAAUGUUUCACGCUGUGGUAUUUGUUUUCAAUGGUUCAAUGAUUACAGGACUAUGAUGAUACAUUUACGAACACAUCCAGAAUUCUAUACAUGUAAAAAUUUCACUUGUCCUAUAUGUAAAAUAUCUUUUAAAGAAAAAUGGCAACUUUCCAGACACAAGGAGAUACAUAACCGUACCGACACAUCAUCUUCCUAUGCAUGUAAUGUUUGCAAUAAAACAUUUUUAGAAAAAAGUUUAUUAAAAAUACACGAAAAGACACAUGUUAUAAAUAAAACGUAUCAUUGUCCAAAAUGUAAUAAACUUUUUUUCAAAGAAGUUUCAUUGCUUUCCCAUCAAUGUACGGGAGAACCAUUACAUCAGAAAAAAGAUUCAACUUCGAAAGUCAAUCCAAAAUCGUUACAAACUACGAAAAAAUAUAAGUGCUCUGAGUGUAACGCAACUUUUAGUAGUGAGAUAUUAAAGAAAGCUCAUAUGGAAGUUCACAUAGAGAGUAUUAAUGCCGCAGUACGAGAAGCGAUACUAAAAGAUGAGCUAGAAAAAUAUUUAAUGCCAGAAUUGAAACCAGAAACGUCGCUGGAACACAUCGUGCCCUCUAUCGAACCAAAAGUUGAGAUCAAUGAAGAAACUGCAACACCACCUCCACUUAAGAGAACUCUCAUCAAAACAAGUGGAGGAUAUCGUUGCGGUUUUUGUCAAUCUCCAUUUGUCUUGAGAGAAAUAGCAAUCGCACAUUUGAAAUCUGCGCAUCCUGUAAUGCCAUAUCAAUGUCCUUAUUGUACAAAACGAUUUACAACUCAAUACACAUUUACGCAUCAUAUUAAGACCGAUCAUCCUGAAGAACCAGAAAAUUAAACAAUAACAGAGAAAAAAUCAUUUAUUAACAAUAAUAAUAAUA